CUCGAUUGCGAGUCCUUAUAAUGUCUGUUUUUCCUUCCAAUUUGGGGACCAAAACCCCACAGCCUUUCUUCUUCAACAACAAUUUUCUGAAAACCCAUUUAAAGCUCUUCGUUUCCUUCCAUAAUCGCAAUUACCCAAAAUCCAGAAACCCCAUUUUGUGUCUCCCCAAUUCGAAUAAAAAACCCCUGUUUUCUGACGAAAUGGAGAAGAACAGCAAUUGGGUUGCAGCCAUUGAAUCAGCCCCAGAUGGGAAAUACGAUAUGGAAUUGGAAGUCGCGGUGAAAGCUGUUCAUGUUGCUUGUUUGCUUUGUCAAAAAGUUCAAGAAAAUUUGAUCUUUAAUGGUAAUGAAGAUGUUCAAGCCAAAGAUGACAAUUCCCCUGUCACAGUUGCUGAUUGGAGUGUGCAAGCAACUGUUAGCUGGAUAUUAUCCCAAGCAUUUGGAGCUCAAAAUGUAUCAGUUGUUGCAGAAGAAGAUAUUGAAGCCCUUUCCAAAAGCAACGCAAUCAGUCUCCUGUCAUCCGUUGUAAAAACCGUCAACGAUUCCUUAUCCGCCGCAUCCAUUUUCGGCAUCGAACCUCCGGUCACCGCUCUGGAAACCACUCAAGUUCUCGAAGCCAUCAGUCGGUGCAACUCGACCGGUGGGCCCACAGGCCGAUUCUGGGUACUCGACCCGGUGGAUGGCACCCUUGGAUUUGUGCAUGGGGACCAGUAUGCUAUCGCUCUAGCACUGGUCGAAAAUGGGGAAGUGGUGCUCGGGGUUCUUGGUUGCCCGAACUACCCGAUGAACAAGGAGUGGUUAGAUUACCAAAAUGGGUAUCGGAGGAUUCUUUCGAGAUUGACUAAAUCAAGCUCGGAAAGUUGGGGCGGAAAAGGGUGUGUGCUUUAUGCAAAGAAAGGUAGCAAGAAAGCUUGGAUGCAGCCGUUGGUAAGCGGAGAUAAGGGUUGGGUGUGGCCGAACUCUGCGAGGCCAAUCAAGGUGUCAGCUAUUGAUAAUCCUAUUUUGGCUACGUUUUGUGAACCGGUGGAGAAGGCAAACUCGAGCCACUCGUUCACGCAAGGGUUAGCCCAUAGCGUCGGCCUCAGGAAUCAACCAUUACGAGUGUACAGUAUGGUGAAAUACGCAGCCAUCGCUCGUGGAGACGCAGAGAUCUUCAUGAAGUUCGCGAGAGCUGGUUAUAAAGAGAAGAUAUGGGAUCAUGCCGCCGGAGUUGUCAUCAUUCAAGAAGCCGGCGGUGUCGUCACAGACGCCGGAGGCCGACCACUCGACUUCUCUAAAGGUAUCUACUUGCAAGGACUAGAUCGGGGUAUUAUCGCCUGUGCCGGAUCCUCAUUACAUGAGAAAAUCAUGAGAGCCGUCGAUGCCAGCUGGAACUCUUCUAGCCUUUGAUCUUAUCAUCUUUUCCUUGGAUCAAAUGUUGUAUGAAUGGGAAAAACAAUAUUUCUUCCACUAAAAUAAAUUCUAUGCUCAUGUUUGUGUUA